AUGGCCGCGAAGUCGGAUGGAGGAGCGGCAGCCGCCGCCGCCGCCGCCGCCGCCUGCACCUCCGGCUCGUCGACGGCGGCGCUGCGCCGGGAGGGCUCCGACGGCGGCGGCGGCGGCGGCGGCAGCUGCAGCAGCAGCCUGGCCCGGGGCUCCCGUCGCGGCCCGCCGCCGCCUCCGCCGCUGCCCCCGCCGGGCCCGGGCAGCCCCUCGGCCGCCGCGGCCGCCGCCCCCUCGCUGCUGCUGCCGGCGCCGGCGUCGGGCCGCGAGUACAGCGCGCUGGACUGCUGCUGGGUGCUGGGCGCGCUGCUGGUCUUCUUCUCGGACGGCGCCAGCGACCUGUGGCUGGCCGCCGACUAUUACCUGCGGCGCCAGUACUGGUGGUUCGGGCUGACGCUGCUCUUCGUGCUGCUGCCCUCGCUGGUGGUGCAGCUGCUCAGCUUCAGGUGGUUCGUCUACGACUUCUCGGCGCCCGCCCGCGCCGCCGCCGCCGCCGCCGCCGCCUUCAGCACCAAGGACAGCGGCGCCACCAAGGACAGCGGCGCCCGCGCCAGCCCCGCGCCCGCCCCGCCGCCGCCGCCGCCGCCGCCGCGGGCCGCCCCCGGCGGAGGCCCCCAGCCCGGCCCCCGCGGCUGCUGCCGCCUCUGCGUCUGGAUCCUCCAGUCCCUCAUCCACCUCCUGCAACUCGGGCAGGUCUGGCGGUACCUGCGGACCCUGUACCUGGGCCUCCAGAGCCGCUGGCAGUCGGAGCAUCGCCGCCGCCACUUCUACUGGAGGAUGAUGUUCGAGAGCGCAGAUAUCAGCAUGUUGCGGCUGCUGGAGACCUUCCUCAAGAGCGCCCCCCAGCUGGUGCUGCAGCUCAGCAUUAUGGUGCAGCAAAACUACAUUGAGCCGUUGCAGGGGCUCUCGGCUUCUGCGUCGCUGGUGUCCCUGGCAUGGACCCUCGCCUCUUACCAAAAGGUGCUGCGUGACUCCCGGGAAGACAAGAUGCCCAUGUCCUACAAAGGAGCCGUGGUGCAGAUCCUCUGGCACCUGUUCACCAUCGCCGCCCGGGCCAUCGCCUUUGCCCUCUUCGCCUCCGUGUUCCAGCUCUACUUCGGCAUCUUCAUCGUCACCCACUGGUGCAUCAUGACCUUCUGGAUCAUCCAAGGCGAGACGGAUUUCUGCAUGUCCAAGUGGGAGGAGAUCAUCUACAACAUGGUGGUUGGCAUCAUCUACAUCUUCUGCUGGUUCAACGUCAAGGAAGGCCGGAGCCGGUGCCGCAUGUCCAUCUAUUACAUCAUUACGCUGUCAGAGAACGCUGCCAUGACAGGCCUCUGGUACUGGUUCCGGGAGAAAUACGUGGUCUCCGAGUCCAACGCCUUAAUCAUUGUCUGCGUGGUCACUUCCAGCUUCGCCUUAGGUGUCUUCUUCAUGUUCAUCUACUACUGCCUCUUGCACCCCAACGGAACCAUCUUUGGGCCCCAGAACACGAGCUGCAUCUGCAGCGAGGAGCCCACGGCCAUCCCCGGUGGCUCAGGCCCCCACGGGGAUGUGAUCACCAGCCCCCCACGCUCCUUGCCGAGGACUACAGGGGCUGAGAGGGAGGGGGUGCCAGGGGACAGAGACAGCUGUAUGCCGGUCUUUCAGGUCAGGCCCAGCGUGCCCCCAACCCCCGUGGCCCGCGUCCCACGGACAGAGGGCCCCAUCAUUCGCAUCGACUUGCCUCGGAAGAAAUAUCCCGCCUGGGAUGCCCACUUCAUCGACAGGCGGCUCCGUAAGACCAUUCUGGCGCUAGAGUACACCUCUCCCGCGACGCCACGCCUGCAGUACCGCAGCAUGGGGGCGUCCCAGGAGCUGCUGGAAUACGAGACCACCGUGUAAAGUGGCGAGGAGCCGUGGAACCCCUGAGCGUGGCGCUGCAGGGGCCCUUCCUGAGCCGGAGGGCCGUGCCUGGCUUCUAAGCCGCCAGAGAGAGCCGGCCUUGUGUUCCCUUCCCAUCAUCUCUGGGGCGAGGUGA